GGGGUCGCUUGCUCAGCCUUAAACGUAAUCCCCAGUCCUCCCGCAGAUCGUCCCGCAUCUGCCAGGCACAAACAUGUGGCCUCGACAACGUUGGUUGCUCUGAAACUUGUUAGGAGCUUGCACCAUUCCGUCUUUUCAAUACUCUUCCUACCCUCCACCACGAACACGCAUACCGCUCACGCUCUUGACGUACGAAUAUCCGCUUUCCACGUGCGCAAUUGAUCCGUGCAAGACGCACAGGCGGCGUCUCCAAUUCACACUAACGAUAGCUCACCGCCGAGACGCUGCCAGCCGGUCUUCAAUUCCCUGGGCGUAUACAUCGACGACGCAUUCAGCUCCCUUCCACCCUCGAGGAUGUCAUCGACGCAAGCGAACGGUGCAAUGAGCGAGAAGCCGCUAUUCUCCACCGACCUCAUAUCCCCGACCGUCUCGGCUGCCCUUCCGCAGGGCUACAUCAUCCGGCCUCUCCAGCGCGGCGACUACGCCAGGGGCUUCCUCGACGUGCUCCGCGUGCUUACAACGGUAGGCGACAUCAGCCUGGAGGCAUGGAACAAGCGCUACGACUGGAUGGAGCAGCGGUCGGGCGAGUACUUUGUGCUGUGCGUGGUGGACACGAGCCGCGAGGAGGCCAACUGCAUCGUCGGCACGGGCACAGUGCUGGUCGAGAGGAAGUUCAUUCACGAGCUCGGCGCCGUAGGGCACAUCGAGGACAUUGCCGUGGCCAAGGAUCAGCAGGGCAAGAAGCUCGGCUUGCGCAUCAUCCAGGCGCUGGACUUCGUCGCCGAGAGCGUCGGCUGCUACAAGACCAUUCUUGACUGCUCGGAGGCGAACGAGGGCUUUUACAUCAAGUGCAACUUUAGACGGGCCGGCCUCGAGAUGGCGAGAUACUACGACAUGACCGGCAAGCCCAAGAGCCAGGUUUGAAAGUUUUCUUAUGCGGGCGUGAAAUGAAAGAAAGAAGAAAAAAAAGAAAAGAAAAGAAAAAGAGAAAAAAGCAGAACUAGUCCAAGGGGGAAAAGGAGUGGUCAAUUAGAAGAGCGAUUGAGAUGUACUUGUGCGCGACCAAAAUGUCCUUUUUUGUGGGGUCGACGUGUACGGAUAGAAGUGGACAAUGAACGUGCCCGAACUCAAAGCCAUUUCACAGCGCACCUGUUCGCAUCAUUCGGCCCCUUCGGGUUUGUAAAAGGAGCAUGUUCCGACGCCGC